AGUCUCUUGACACCUUGAGGGAAGGCUGGGAGGCGUAACCAUUGCCAGCAAGAGAGGAGAGCGGGAGGGAAAGGAGAAGGAAGCCAAUAACAGAGAGGUCUAGCAAGGUGGUGGAGGGGGAGGGAUGGGGCCACUCCUCCGUCCGUGGGGCUGCAUAUUAUUUUGCAUGGAUUGUUGAAGAGAAAAGAGAUCUGCGUUUGUGAAGAGACCAAAAAAUAAACAGCUCGUUGCUUGGGUAGUGCCACGCCUGAGCUGACCGCGGGGAGAGAGCCUGCAAGCGCUGGGAGAACAAGCGGAAUAUGAGUGAGAGCAGGCACUUCCCAUUGUCUGUGGCAUCCUCCAGCGAGCUGCAUUCCUCGGGCUCACAGCCUGCUGUGCAAGCCUGCAGCGAUGGGGACGAACAGCUUGGCCAGCCCUUGGAGCCUGCCAGCAGGAAGGCCAGCCCCCCGGAUGAUGCCGAGCCCGGCCAAGGAGCAGAUGGGGUGCGCCGGGGCUGUGGGGACAAACAUCUGGCAGCCUCUGUGGGCGCCAAGAAGGGAUCAGAGGCAUACACCCCGAGUGAUAGCGAAGGUUGUGUGGGGCCAGCGCUGGACAACGGCGUGGAUGCGGAGCUCAGUGCGGGUGGGGAGGCGGUGAGGCUGCAGCAGCAGGACAGCAGCGUGCCCAGCCCCAGCAGCGUGGAUUCCAGGGAGAGAGGAUCCCUGGCUCCAGAGGCACGGAUCCAGGCCCUUGGCAAGUUGCACUUGCAUGGCUUCCUGGGCUCCUCAGAAAUGCUGAGCAGCAAUGAGACGGAGGAUCAGCUUGGAUUUGCUGCUGGAAAUGCCAAGCUGAGCUGUAGUGAGGACGACAAGGAACAUUUUCAAUUCAAAGACAUCAGGGAUGGAUUCAGCUCAACCUUUGAGAAGAUUGUUGAGUCUGACCUAAUGAAGGGCACAUACUACAGCAGCUUGGACUCUCUGGAUGUCCUUUCUCUCACAGACGAGACAGACAGCUGCGUCAGUUUUGAGGCCCCACUCACACCAUUGAUCCAGCAACGAGUCAAGGAAAGCCCAGAGCUCUUGGAGCAGAAACUGGUGGCCCAGCAGAGAGAAGCCCUUCACCACAUGGCUGCUGAUAAGCAAGAGCAGGCAGCAGUAAAGCCAGUGGAGGGGGAUUUUGGGAGCCCUCUCAGGCACUCAAUUACUAGCAGCAGGUCAGAGAAUGUGCUGAGCCGUUUGUCUUUGAAGAAUAUCCCAAAUGGGUUCCAUGUGGAACGUUCAGAGGAAGAAGCAACCAAGAUCAUUAACUCCAUCAGCGAUGCCAGCUUGAAAGAUGCCCUGUCAGACUCUGACUCCGACAUGGGCAGCACGGAGCAGCUUGACCAGGGAAGCACAGACACCUUGGCAAAUGGCUGCAGGGCAGACAGUGAGGCUGCAAAGAGGCUGGCCAAGCGCCUCUACAACCUCGAAGGGUUCAAGCGCUGUGAUGUGGCACGCCAGCUUGGGAAGAAUAACGAAUUUAGCAAGUUGGUAGCAGAGGAGUAUCUCAGCUUCUUUGACUUCACUGGCCUGACCCUUGACAAAGCACUCAGGACAUUCUUGAAAGCAUUCCCACUGAUGGGAGAGACGCAGGAGCGGGAGCGGGUGCUGAUUCACUUCUCCCGGCGAUACUGCCAGUGCAACCCAGAGGAGAGCACUUCCGAAGAUGGGAUUCAUACACUCACCUGUGCCCUGAUGCUGCUAAACACAGAUCUUCAUGGCCAUGUGAAUAUUGGCAAAAAGAUGUCAUGUCAACAGUUCAUAGCAAACCUGGAUGGGCUGAAUGAUGGGAAGGACUUUGCAAAGGAUUUGCUGAAGACACUGUAUAACUCCAUCAAGAAUGAGAAGCUGGAAUGGGCCAUUGAUGAGGACGAGUUGAGGAAAUCACUCUCGGAGCUGGUAGACGACAAAUUUGGAGCCAGUGCAAAGAAAGUGACAAGGAUUGUUGACAGCAGCAACCCCUUCCUGGACAUCCCCCAAGCGCUGAAUGCAGUCACCUACAAGCACGGUGUCCUCACGCGCAAAACCCAUGCAGACAUGGAUGGGAAGAGAACUCCCAGAGGAAGAAGAGGUUGGAAGAAAUUUUAUGCUGUGCUUAAAGGGACCAUCCUUUAUUUACAAAAGCUGAGGGAAGCUGCAGUGUACAGGAGAGCCCAGAUCUUCUCUAGCACUCUAAGCAUGGCCAUCGCGAAGUCACUGGUCACUGACACUUUUUACAUCCCAGCUUCUUUUCUCAACACAAGUCUCCAUCUGGAGCCCAAUGAAGAGGUCCCCGUGCUGACCAUGGAUAAUGCAUGAAGAUUUAACUAGCACCUUUUUUUUUUGUCAGUUCUUUCUGUAGGAAAAAAAAAAGUAAAUUCAUCAAAAUCACAGGAAGCAGUUAGAUUUAAAUGAGUUUUUCACCAAGCACUUUUAGGUCUAGGUCUGUUGAGGGGGGUAUAUAUUUGGAAUGAAAUACACAUUCGGGAUAGAAUUUUCUUGCCAUGCUGGACCAAAAUCCAGUUUACUGAAGGUUUUCCUGACUGCUUUGACAGUAUUAGAAGGAGCAGUGAGACCAAGACAGAGUUUCAUUGCUGCUGAAGAGGGUGGAGGGGUUGGUUUUUGGCCUUGUUAUACAAGGCCAGCAACAGUGUCUGUCCUGGCUGUUUUAUUAACAUAGGUUGUUAUGCUAGUACUAGUUUAGAAUUUAAAAACAGAGUGAGGAUGAGAUUGACAGAGACACAUAGCUGUUAGAAGAUCAGUGUUCUUAUCUAGAUGACCUUUAGGAGAAAAUGUUUAAAAGACUGAGUGGUUUCUUUACCAGGAAGGACUAAAGAAACAACACACCUAAGAUCUAACUAUGUUAUAAAGGUGUCUGAAAAAUAACAGCCAUUACUGAUGUGUCAGUCAUGCAGGAGGUACGAGAGUUGCUGAGGGUGCCUCAAGGAAAUAGGAACAUAAGAACAUAAGUGCAUUAAGAACAACAAAAAAUAACCUGAGAAGCAUUUGGGCCAAAGAUUUGGGUAAAGAGUGGUUUCUUAGUUAUGAGUCACUGACAGACUGUAUAUGGUCCUUCUCAAAGUAAUCCUUGGGCUGGAUUUGGCUGUAGACAAAAUAUUGAUUGGGCUUUGCAGAGACAGGACAAAUGGCUGAGGUCACAAAAAACAAAAAAAAAAGAAAAGAAAAAAAAAAAGACUGCCACUUCCAAGUAUUCCCAGCAUCACAACAGAGAGUGGGUAACCUCCAGCACAGCCUUAUUCUUAGCGCAAUUUCUUGCCUAUGGGUUUGUUUGCAGAGCUAAAAAGUUGCACAGUACAGGAAGGAAGCCAUGUGCUAGGCUCCCAAGCUCUCAGCGGAAGAUGCCUGCACAUAAAUAUAAGAUAGAACCUGGCUUGAGCACAAGUCACUGGGAAGAGAUUUUUGUACAUGAAGAUAGAGGAGAAAGUACCUGCUUCCAGACACACCUGACACAAUGGAGUACAGGUCCAGCCUCAUCCAUUUUUUCGCUCAGAUAACACCAAGGAUCUAGUCUUUAACAGGAAACUCUCAGAAGUUAAUGCAGAUAAGUCCAGGGGAGCAAGUUGACUGGAAGUGAGAGACAGAGAAACAGGGGGAGGGAGAGAAGGAGGGGGGGGGGAGGGAGGGUCUGGGGAGACAGAUGUAUAGAAAGAAGGAAUGGUCAGAUGCAAAGAGAGGUAAGAAUAGGAUAAGACAGGCAGAAAAAUGGGUGGGUAUGUGGUUGGCUGGCUGGACGAGAAGAAAGCAGUCUGAUAGAAGCAAUUCAGGCAGCAUCCAUAAACUCACUGAUGUAAAGAAGUCACAUAUCAUUGACUCGCCAGUGUUAAUUUCUGGAUUAGCAUGUUCUAGCACAGUCUGCUGAAGCAAUUGCUUGAUCCCCUAAAGGGAUGCAGCACAGUCUUGACGAAGAAAUGCAUGCUUGGGAGCAGGGCGCACCUCUCCUGCACUCUAAUCCACACUGAUCACUGAUUCACUCCAUGGCCUUUGGCAACUUACUUCACCUCUGUGAAAUGGGGAUAAUAACCCUUAAUCAUCACACAUAGAGGGGUGUUGAGAGGAAUGAUGGAGGGCUAUAAAGCAUGAGAUGCUUUUGUAUGGAAGUACUGGAAAGGGUGCAGGUCUCAGCAUUUCCCCCAAGGCUGCCCUUCCAGCCCCCACCCAUGGAAGAGUUCCCAGCGCUGCCCUGAGCCAGGGACAUGUCCUGUGAAGGCAGGCCUUUACCAUGGUAGUGCUACUUGGAGUGCCACCUUAAUGGCCAGACUGAAGAGGGGCAGUGGUUUGUUUUCCUCAUUGAAUAUUUUUUAGGCUAGUGGGUAUGAGCUGAAGAAAAAGAGGAAAAACCCCUCGCAAGCUGCAGCAUGACAAAUCUCUGUAGUUCCAUACCCGCGUUCAUAGAAUCAUAGAAUCAUUUAGAUUGGAAAAGACCUCUAAAAAAUCUAAAUAAAUAAAUCUAAAAAAUCUAAAAGAUCGUCAAGUCCAAACACUGCCAAGUCUACCACUAAACCAUGUCCCUAAGUACCACAUCUGCAUGUCUUUGGAAUGCCUCCAGGGAUGGUGACUCAACUACUUCCCUGGGCGGCCUGUUCCACAACCCUUUCCGUGAAAAUAAUUUUCCUAAUAUCCAACCUAAACCUCCUCUGGCCAACUUGAGGCCAUUUCCUCUUUCCUGUCACUUAUUGCUUGGGAGAAGAGACUGACCCCUCACCCUGCUACAACCUCCUUUGAAGUAGCUGUAGAGAGUGAUAAGGUCUCCCCUAAGCCUCCUUUUCUCUAGGAUAAACAACCCUCUUUUUGGACACACUCCAGCACCUCAAUGUCCUCCUUGUAGUGAGGGGCCCAAAACUGAACACAGUAUUUGAGGUUGGGCAUCACGAGAGCUGAGCACAGAGUCAUUUCCUUAGUCCUGCUGGCCACACUAUUUCUGACACAAGCCAGGAUGCUGUUUGCCUUCUUGGCUGCCCAAGUAUACUUCUGGCUCACAUUCAGCCAGCUAUCGACCAAUAUUCCCAGGUCCCUUUCUGCUGGGCAGCUUUCCAGCCACUCUUCCCUCAGCCUGUAGUGUUGCCUGGGGUGGUUUUGCCCCAAGUGCAGGACCCAGCACUUGGCCUUGUUGAACUUCAUACAGUUGGCCUCAAUGCAUCAGUCCAGCCUAUGCAGCCUAUCCCUUUGCAGAGCCUUCCUACCCUCAAGCAGAUCAACAUUACCUCCCAAUUUGGUGUCAUCUGCAAACCUACUGAGGGUGCACUCAAACCCCUUGCCAUUGAUAAAGAUAAUGAAGAGAAGUGUCCCCAAUACUGAGCCCUGCAGGACACCUCUACUGACCAGCCUCCAUCUGGAUUUAACUACAUUCAACACAACUCCUUGGGGCCGGUCACCUGGCCAUUUUUUCACCCAGUGAAGGGUACACCUGUCCAAGCCAUGAGCAGCCAGUUUCUCCAGAAGAGUGCUGUGAAGAAUAUUAGUUUCAUUGCUGUCCAGAGGAGAGGGCAGCAGAAUCAAUGUGCUGGACUCUCACCCCAUACAGGUGUCAUACAAAAGCAGGCACAACAGAGAGAGAUUUUUUCUUGAAAAAAAAAGAAAAGAAAACAAAAACAAACAAACAAAACAAACAAACAAAAAAACUUUGAGCUGGAGAGCUCAUAUUAGUUGUGGCUACUCCACCCCCUGCACAUUGGAGUGGACAGUAGAGGAGAGCUGCCUCAGAAGACUGAACCAAAGACAUCAUGGAGCACUGUCAUGGCAGAAAGGAAGCCCAGUCAAGGGGGUGGUGGUACAUGUUUAAGCAGAUCCUUUGCUUAGGCAGAAGAGACAGAUGAAUGGGGACUCUGUCAUCAAUAUUAAAUCAAAAGUAAAUUAAAUGAAUUUGGAGGGAUUCCAAAACACAGCAUCCACACGUGGCCUCAGUUCCUGCAGAAAACAUCCCCAAAACAUACCCUUUAAAUUGCUGACACCCUUCAACCAGAGAAGAAAGGAAAAAAUAAACAUCAUCAUCAUUCAAAGGCUGGGGGCUUUGGGUAACUGAAACAGCGUAGCACAUCAUACCUUGCCCAUUUCCCAGUGACAACUGUUAAUGUGAACAAUGUAGGACACAAAAGGCAAAAAUUCAACAACCCUGUGAUACCAAAUUUGCCAGCAAAUAUAAGGCAGAGUAACACUACAACUGGAAAAAGGUGAGAUUAAUAUUAGCAUAUGAUAGCAUGGAGAGAACAUUGCCUGCAUUUCCUCUAGAUAUGGCAGGACACUACUUAUGUUUUAGUAUAAAUCAUUUUUCUUUGAGAUUUAAGACAGAAUCCCUUCACUGAAAGCAUCCAUGUUACACGUCUUUGGACAUGUUUCUUCCCCAGCAGCUUAAGCACUUGCUUAAACUUCCACCAAAGCUCAGAAAGGUAUUGAGGCAAAACAUAGAGAAGAUGCUGUAGGCUCUGAAGCAAAGCUGGCAUGCUUUGCUGAAAAGCAAGGAAUUAUUCUCCAGGGGAAGGCUACACACUGGUGUAAGUGCUGGGCACCAUGAAGACUCCCAUUCCAUGUGUGUGGCAUCGUAGAAUCAUUAAGGUUGGAAAAGACCUCCAAGACUGUCUGGUCCAACCGUCCCCCUACCACCAAUAUCAUCCACUAAACCAUGUGCCUAAGCACCAUGAUACAGCAUCAUGUAACUUUAGAGCCAUUUGUGAAGGCUUCACGCAAAGAUUUCCGUGCCUCACCAGCAGUACGUAUAAUCAUAGAAUAGUAGAAUGGUUUGGGUUGGAAGUCAUAGAAUCGUAGAA